UGCCAAUUCACUGGCAAAAGUCAUCGAAUCAUUGUUGUCGACUUGGCCGUGAGUCGUUUCUUCCCCCCCGUCCGUGGCACCAGCCUCUCUCUCUCUUCCAAGCGUCAUCUACGCACAGACACCCUCCUUCCUCUCCAACAGUCGGACGGCCAGGCAUCGCGCUUCAGCUCGUCGCGUCGGGCACUUUGACACAGCGUGCGCAUCGGCCAUCUUCUACAACCUCCCGAAUUUUCUUUACCAGGGCCCAUUGGCAUUCGCACACACACCGUGCUCUCUCUCUCUCUCUUCAUUUUCUCACCACCGAGCCUGUCACGACGAUACCAUGAAAUGUGCUUGAUGCGGGCUCACCGUUAGCCUGAAACGAGCCCUGCGACUCCCCGAUAGUCUUACUCGAAGAGCAGCAACUCGACAUUGCCGCAUGAAAGAGUCGCCCUGCGCGCCGCGGACACACAGCUUACUUCUCGCCGUCGAGACACGAGGAAGUUAUCGACCAUGGCGUUUCUGUUCAAAUCGAAAAAGAGUGCGCCGCCUUCGGGUCUUCCUCCCGCAAGUCGCAAGAUCCAUACCUCCGAUGGAACUUCUGCUUCGACGGUAGAGAAUGGUGGACUCGAAAGAGCUGGAGAACGACAAACACAAUCACCAACCCCGGCAAGUGCUGGUCCUAAUGGCUCGAUGAAUUCGAUGAACGCGAGUCUAGCAGGCGGACCAUCAUAUCCACGGCGAGAGAGAUCGGAAUCAGAGUCCGGAACGCGCCCAUCCACCGCUGCUGGUGGUCAGAUCACCCAAGUCCCAAAUGCUGCUCUAUAUCCCUGGUCGCAGCGACGACUGAACUUCACCACCCCACAAUCGAAUCCUUUUCCUCGCUAUGGUGCCGCCGUCAAUGCGGUCGCUUCCAAGGAUGGCGAUAUAUACAUCAUGGGCGGCUUGAUCAACGGCUCAAUGGUCAGAGGUGAUCUUUGGAUGCUCGAAUCUGGAGGUGGAAAUCUCGCCUGCUACCCCAUCGCAACAGUCUCCGAAGGCCCCGGCCCCCGUGUAGGACAUGCUGCUCUUCUUGUUGGCAAUGCUUUUAUUGUAUUUGGUGGUGACACCAAAAUGGACGACUCUGAUGUGCUUGAUGAUACCUUAUAUUUGCUUAAUACCUCCUCCCGACAAUGGUCCCGCGCAUCACCACCUGGACCCCGACCAUCAGGACGAUAUGGCCAUACGCUCAAUAUCCUGGGUUCUAAAAUCUACAUCUUCGGAGGCCAAGUCGAAGGAUACUUUUUCAAUGACCUGAUAGCUUUCGAUCUGAAUGCCUUGCAGAACCCGUCUAAUCAGUGGGAGUUCUUGAUUCAAAAUUCGGGCGACUCGCCUCCCGCUAACGGCAAGGUGCCGCCUCCGAGGACGAAUCAUACUGUUGUGAGCUACAACGACCAGCUAUACCUUUUCGGCGGAACCAAUGGAACGCAGUGGUUUAACGAUGUUUGGACCUAUAGUCCUACCACGAAUUCCUGGAAACAAGAAGAUUGCAUAGGCUAUAUUCCAGCACCUCGAGAAGGUCAUUCUGCAGCACUCGUUGGCGACGUCAUGUAUAUUUUCGGCGGCCGAACCGAGGAAGGCACCGAUCUGGGUGAUCUCGCAGCAUUCCGCAUCAGCUCGAAGAGAUGGUAUACUUUCCAGAACAUGGGUCCUUCACCUUCGCCAAGGUCUGGCCACAGCAUGACCGCGUACCGGGACAAGAUAAUUGUGCUGGCCGGCGAGCCCAGUUCUGCACCGCGGAACGCCGAAGAGUUAAGCAUGGUCUACAUUCUGGACACGGCUAAAAUCAGGUACCCUAAUGAUGCACCUGCUGAUAUGAAAGGCCCAGUGAGUCCGACUCGACGCCCGAGCACGAGUACGGAGGUUAGAAGCACCGCACCACCAAUUCGAUCGACAUCGCGUGAAGGUCAGAGAGCUCCGAGCGCUGCUCGGGAGCAGUUCACAGGCGGGCCUGUUCAAAGGCCUGAUCCUCAACAGCAAGCCUCGAGACUUCCGCGGGCUUCCAUAGCUCAAGGCUCUGCUGGUCCUCCGCCUCAAGGGCAGGCUCCGGGACCUCGCCUUAAUGGGACUCAGUCGCCUGCCAGUGCACCAAAGAGCAGAUACAAUGGUCCACCGGUCGAGACAAGAGGUCCUUCCGCAGGGCCAGAUUCUGUUCGCAACAUUCCUACCGAGACCAUGGCACAGGCUCCAGCUAUCAGAGAAGUACAAAAGGAGAACAUCAGACCGAGCCGAGAGAACAGUCCGAGCACUCACGGUCGGAGGACCCCGAUCCAGAGAACUGAGAGCAAAGCCAAGGCCAUGGAAGCUGGUGAGGCUGCACCCUUGGUCAGCAACGGCGUCGCAAGGCAACGAUCAUUGCGCUCACAGCGAGCUCAAAGCUCGAUCGACAGUACUGAAGACGGUCUCCUUGGCCGUUCAUCUUCUGGCCGCCAUCACGGCGAAGGUGACGCUCGAAGUCUGCGAAGUAUAGUCGACGAACCAAAGUCACCCAAGUUGAAUCCUCAUCAAGAAGCUUUGUUGAAAGAAUUGGAAUCUGUCAAGAAGACCAAUGCUUGGUAUGCCUCAGAAUUGGCAUUGGCACGGAAGCAAGGUUUCAACGCAACAAUGACCUCGAGUCCAACAUUUGAUGAUCGUGCGGUCAGCCAAGUUGCGGAUGAUGAUCGACCACUCAUGGAAGCGUUUGUGAACAUGCGAACAGAAAUGAUCAAGAUGCAGGAAGCUAUGGAGGCACAAGCCUCCUCAAUGGCCAAACGUGUCGCUGAGGUGGAGCAUCAACGCGAUGCUGCCGUGACCGAAGCCGCAUAUGCUCGUGCCAAACUUGCUGCUCACGGUGGAAGCCAGCGAAGUACGCCUCAACCGGACGCGUCGCAUGAGCCAGACGACCAGGAGCGCUUCACAGACUUGAGCAGACGACUUGCUCUGGCUCUGGCCGCACAGUCCGAGCACAAAAUCAAACUCGAUUCCCUUUCCAACGAUCUUACGUCCGAAAGGCGGGCUCGAGAGCUUGCAGAGGAAUCCAUGGAUGCCUUGCAAGCUCGAUAUGAAGAGCUUAGCAAGAGUCGAAAUCCUGCCGAACUCGAAGGCCUCCGAGCAGAACUACACGAAACACAGAGUCUUGCACGUGCUGAAUCUGGACGGCGAGCUGAACUCGAAGAUGAACUGCGUAAUAUCAAAGUCGAGCACGAAACUCUGACCAAAUCACAUGAGGACACUUCGUCACGGCUUUCGAGUCACCUCGCCUCAAUGGCCGCCUUGGAAGCAGCUGUGGCAGCUUCUACAGGCAAAGCAAAUUUGUAUGAACGCCAGAUUGAGGAAGAACGUCAGCACCGAGAACUUUCCGAGCGUAAAUUGUCUCAACUCAAAGCCGAGCAUGAGGAGAGAGUUACCGAGCUCGAGAAUACAUCCAAGCGCUUGCGAGACGCUGAGGAACUCGCCGAAACUCACGCUAAAGAGGCUUCAACGCAUCGAGAAGCUCUACUCGCUGGUCUAGCCAGGCUUUCCUCGACUGAUGCUUCGUCAAAGCAUGACGCAGUGUCGGAACAAAAGUUGGCAGCAUUGAGAGCCAGUGCAGAGCAAGCAUCGACAUUGGCUAAACGUAACCAGGAAGCGGCUGACAAGGCUGCACAAAAGCUGCGUAACGCAGAAGAAAGGAUUGCAGGGCUGGAAGCAUAUCAAGAACAGUCCAACCGCGAAGCUCUCCAGAUCCGUCGACAACUACAAGCUGCGCUCCGCGAUGCACAGAACCAUCAGUCCGAACUCCGUGAGUUGCGAUCGAAUUUGGAAAUCAGCCAAAGGGAUGCCAGCGCCUUGGCUGUUCAGCAUAGCGCACUUAAGGAUCUCCUGGGCGAACGGGGCAUGAAUGGAUCCACAAUGAGAGGAUCGCCGAUCUUUGACCAUUCUCCAAGCUCUCGAUUCGGUACUCCAGAGCAGAAUCGUCUCAGAGAGCUAGAUCAACAGCUACAGGCAAGCAUCAAGGCGCACGAGGAUACCAAACAUCAAUUCGAAACUCGAAUGCAAGAAGCCGAUAGUACCUACAAGGAGAAACUCGAGCAACUCGAGAACGACUAUCAAUCCGCAGUUCACUAUGUUAAAGGCACAGAAAAGAUGUUGAAGAAGAUGAAGGAGGAGCUCACCAAGUACAAGUCCCAAAAUUCGCAGCUGACCACAGAGUUGGAGAGCGCUAGAAGCGCCAGUGCCAUGUCUAAUACGAACGUGGACACCUCAUCUUGGGAUAGUGAGCGACAACAGUUGCAAUCUGCGAUUGAUCAGAUGAAGACGCAGACCGGGCAACAAAUCAGCCUAUUAGAAGGUAACAUCGAGACUCUUCGAUCCGAACUCGCAUCUGUCCAGGCCGAUCGGGACAAGCAGAAGAGAAGCUACGAGGAAUUGUCACAAUCUUCGCAGCGAUUCGGCAAAGAACUUGAACAGCUGAAGACAGAGAACUCGAUGCUCGAGAAGAGAGCAGAAGAGGCCGAGGACAGAGUUACUAUGCUCCUCGAUCAGGUCGGCCAAUCUGUGGGCAACUACAGACGGCAGUCGCAACUGCAGCCACUUCCCAAUGGGAUCAUUGGUCAUAGCCGUGACGAGAGCCAUUCAACCUUGACGGAUGUGUCCGUCAACGAAGACCUUGGAAGGGAUGAACGAGGUUCAGUUGCUUUGGACAAUCUGGCUUCGGAACUAGAAACCCUGCGAACUCAGUGGGAAAGCACGAGUCGAAACAACUAUCGAAUCAGCACACAGUUUGAUUCGGAGCGAACACCCACGGGCCAAGGCAUCGAGCUCAGCGAUAAUCUGGCCAACUGGAGGAGGCGACUGGAGGAGGAAGAGAAAGGAGCCAGUCAAACCACGGUGGCUUGAGGAAUUCCAUCAUUGAGACCCACGACACACUAUGCUUCUGUUCAAAUACACUCAAGUUCUUUUAGUUUAGCAUUGAUUGGAGUUGUUGAAAUCAUACCGUGCAGGAUGACAUUGAUGAAAUGGUUGAAGAGCUGCUCCACGGCUUUCUGUGGCUCCAUGUACGUUAUUUAUUUUUAAUGGAGGAUCGUAUCUUUUACGGUGGUACGGAUAUGGAGGCCGGGGAUGGUUGCAAAAUGUAAUAUCAAUACCAUGGAC